CAUUUAAUCAUUUUCAUUGUCAUAUUCUGUCGGUUUCCAUAUGUCCUUGGUAUAGAAGAUCAAACAUUAUCUUGGGUUCAACAAUCGAACAGCUAUAUUCAUUCGUUGUCCAUCAUGGUUUGGGUGAAGGUGGUAUUCGCCAUUGCGCUUUGCGGUGUUCUGUUCACCGCAAAUGGUCUCGUUACGGCUGACCAGGGCGAUUGUGAGCUUCCCCCUAAACUUGCUGAAGAAAUAGCACAGUACCAACCGAUAGUGGAUUCGAUUUUUCAACACAUCGUAUCCGGUGAGUAUGCGGGCAAAACCUGGCAGAGCUUACUGGAGUUUACGGAUCGAUUUGGACCACGGCUUACCGGAACAAAACAGCUAGAGGAUGCGAUUGAUUAUGCAGUCCAGGAGAUGAUCAAAGAAGGACUCGAUAAUGUACACACAGAGGACGCCAUUGUAUCGCAUUGGCAGCGCGGUCGAGAAUGGGCAGUAUUGGUAGAGCCUUUUCAGAAGAAUUUACCCAUGCUAGGACUAGGAAAAUCCGUCGGAACUCCCCCAGACGGUAUUACAGCGGAGGUGAUUGCCGUGGAAUCAUUUGAAGAAUUUGAAACCUACACUGCGGAUCAAGUGAAGGGAAAAAUUGUGGUUUUUGCUCCAGCUUGGACUAGCUAUGGUGCGACGGGCCGUUAUCGAUACGAAUCAGCGCCAACUGCAGCGAAAAAAGGUGCUGCCGCAGUACUAAUACGGUCGAUCACGCCUUUCUCUAUUGGUACGCCUCACACUGGAACUUUAGGAUAUGAUCCGGAUGUACACCGUAUUCCUGCCGCCGCAAUAUCCGUUGAAGAUGCAAUGUUACUACUGCGCAAGUUCCGACGAGGAGACAAAAUGGUAAUUCAGCUAAACAUGGACGCAAUCAAUCUUGAACCCACAGUAUCUCGGAAUACGAUCGGAGAACUGGAAGGCCAUACCUUCAAGAACACCUCCGUAGUGGUCGUUUCUGGCCAUAUGGACAGCUGGGAUGUAGGCACUGGCUCUUCGGACGAUGCUGGAGGCGUGUUCAUUUCGUGGAAAGCCAUAGCGUUCCUGAAAGCAAUGGGUCUGCGACCGCGUCGCACAAUUCGAGCCAUUUAUUGGACGGCUGAGGAGGUGGGUGUAGAAGGUGCUAGUGCUUAUGAAAGACAGCAUGCCGAGGAUGAAAAGAAUGAGUUUAAUGUAUUCUUUGAGUCUGAUUCGGGUACAUUUGAACCUACGGGACUCGACUUUUCCGGAAACCGCGCUGCGCAGUGCAUUUUUGCGGAAGUGGCUAAAUUGAUGCCUGGUUUUGACGAAUUCACAUACACAGAAGGAGUCGUGGGAUCAGACAUUGGGAAUUGGGUUGGAAGAGGUUUUCCGGGCGUAUCUUUGCGCAAUAAAAACGAAAAUUACUUUUGGUAUCAUCAUUCUGAAGGCGAUACAAUGGAGUUGGAGGAUCCCGCUGCUUUGGAUAGAAGUACCGCUCUAUGGGCUGCUACUGCCUAUGUGGUUGCAGAUUUAAGCAUUGAUAUUCCGAAAGAGCCUGUAAAUUACAAUUAUAGCUAACUUUCUUUCCUGUUUUCACUCCACUUUGAAAUACAUACAGUACAAUUCAAUCAUGUGUAUAGGACUUAUGUGCAUUUAUUGUUCAAGCAAAUCGUCUUCUCGCUUUACUAAGAAGAUCAAUUUUCUAGCGUUUGUCUACUCACUAUUGGAGCGACCCGGUGGUAUAGAUAGUAGCGGCGCCUGUUUCUAUAUGACAAGACCGGGUUUCAAAUCCCAUCCUGACCGAAACC